AAGUGAACUUCCACCGCUCCAGAGAGCUCGGGGGCCUUUGAUCUUAGAGCUUGGCAUCGCCCAUUUUGAGGAUUAAAUGUUGAAGGGGGGAAGUGGCAUGUUAAAAAGCGGCAUCGUCAGUUCGCCUGCGGCAGUUUACUGUAGCGCCCCUCCGUGUGACUUAGAAGGAAGAAAAGGGUUUAUAGCGACCACCAGCUCCUAGACGGUUCAGUAAGCCGCCGUGGAGCUCCGUGUGCCGGCCUGCAGAGCCAUGGCUGAGAACAAAGCGGACCCAGGAGUCUCCGCCUGCGAUCUGAAACAUCAACUCGCCGCCAGGAUCGAAGAAACGGCCACAUCAGCUACGCACGCCGUCAUCAAUGAAAUGAACCGGCAGCUCCGUACUUUAGGUAUAAAAACAGAAGAAGAUGAAAAUGAAGAUUUGCACGGUGGGUGCGAUUUUGAAUGUCGCGUGUCCUUCGUGAUCGAGGAGGCGGUGAAAUCGGCGGCGGAGAUCAUCGUGCGCGAAUUCGCUGCCUUCGUGGGGAGUCUCUUCGAGGAGCUGCCCUACAGGUUACGCGAAUACGAAAAGGAAAUCCGAAGGAUGAGGCGACAGUUAGAAUCCUGUCGGUGUGAAUCACGGCCAGUGCAGAGGCACGGGGGGACCUCCGCGGACCGCAUACCCUUCUUUACUGCGAAUACGGCCACCGAGAGUGGGCUCGCACCCCGGCCAUGGGGGACAGACUCCGGCGAAUGCGUUGCUAAUGAAAACCGCUGCGGGCAGCAGAGUCCGGAAGAGGAGAAGAGUUAUUUGGUAGUCGCGCUGCGUUAUUUGCAGACACUGAGGAGUCUGUGUGAAGAAGGCAGAUGCACUGCACAUAACCUCUCCAAUGAGAACUCACAAUAUGACACAGGGAUGGAAAUUGUGAAGAUGGAAGAAUGUGCGAGCAUCCAAGAAACUCUACUCGCAGACACUUGCCACGAUGAAUGUGACUUUUCUAAAAAGACUACCUACCAAAAUCAAAUGACAAAUGGUGGUGUUGACCUACAAGAAGAAAUGGAGAAAAGCAAUGCACUUGGCAGGGACAAGUUUACUGGGCAGGUAACUGUUAAAAAUGAGGUGGAUGUGGACCAGGAUGGACCUUUCCAGGCAAAAGAAGAGAUCUUCGAUUUCAAUUCUGAAUUUAGCAUGGCUCAGAUUUCUCAAGAGUGCCUCCCUGGCGAUGUGCGCAUAAAGAAAGAACCGGUGGAAACAAGGGAGACCACCUACAUGGAAAACUGCCAAGCAAGUCUUGGUCAUGAAAUAUCUUUCACACAGAAUAAGCUCUUGGAAAGCAGCACUGAUAAUGACAAACCAGGGCGUGAGAGGACCUUUAAUGACAAUGCAGGUUUGAAACCCCAUUCCACACAUAAAUUACUUAGCUGCACAGAAUGUGGAAAGACGUUUAGCCGUCUAAACAAGCUUCUGACCCAUCAGAGGGUUCACACCGGGGAGAAACCAUUCAAGUGCAUUCAAUGUGGAAAAAGAUUUCAUGAUAUUAGAAUAUUAAAAGCACACCACAAAGUUCACACAGGGGAGAAGCCGUACACCUGUCCUGAAUGUGGAGAACGAUUCUCGGAAAGUGCAAACUUUAAAAGACACCAAAGGCUUCACACUGGAGAGAAACCAUACCACUGCCCAGAGUGUGGAAAAAGCUUUAACACAUCUACAGACUUAAAAGACCACCAAAGAAUUCACACUGGGGAGAAACCUUACAGCUGUACAGAAUGUGGGAAGUGUUUCCCUAAAAGUGGGGCUUUAAAUCGACACAAGAGGGUUCACACGGGAGAAAAACCCUACGGCUGUACUGACUGUGGCAAGAGCUUUGCCGAAAGUGGGGCGCUGAAAAAACACAGAAGAAUUCACACCAAAGAAAAGCCAUACAGCUGCACUGAAUGUGGGAAACGCUUUAGUGUAUCUGCCGAAUUGAAACCACAUCUGAGAACUCACACCGGAGAAAAGCCGUACGAGUGUACCGAAUGCGGGAAGUGCUUUAGUGUUUCUUCCAACUUGAAGUCACACUUGAGAAUCCACACUGGGGAGAAGCCGUACAGCUGUGCAGAAUGCGGGAAGAGCUUUAGUGCAUCGACCACAUUAAAAACGCACAACCGAAUUCACACUGGGGAAAGACCGUACAGUUGUACUGAAUGUGGCAAAAGCUUUGCCGAAAGUGGAGCCUUAAAAAGACACAGCAGAACUCACAUUGGAAAGAAGUUGUAGACGUUUGCUACAUUUAACUGGGAUGUUGGGGAUUGCUUAAGUUCUUCGUGUCAACCAAUGCUGAAUAACAAAUUCAUGUAAACACAUUAAAAGGGAUGGGUAAUUUAUUGUAAUAGAAUCACAAAUUUUUCAUAGUAGAUAAGACAGGUGUAGGGCAGGCUGAAUUGAUGAUGGUUGUGUAGACUCGAAAGGACCUGUUAUAUUAUAUUGUUCAUGGACUCUUAUCUUUAUUUUCUCUACUGUUUUCAUCUUUGUAAAGAUUAUAGCCUGAAAUAUUCUCUUGUAUGGAAUUUGCAUCAGUUUCUACUGGGGAAGGUUCAGCUCCAGAUUUCCAAGAUGGUUUACGUUGCAUUUACUCUGACAAAACCACUUGAGUCUACAAAGUGCUGUUUUCAUUGUGGGUGUAAAGAAUGUAAAUUUACAAUGAAAUACUAAAUGUCAAACAAGUUCACAAUGUUACUGUUCGUGUGCUUAAAUUAUUUAAUUUUUUAGAAUGAUA